UGAGUAUUUUCAUUACGUAUUUAGCUUGGAACCAUCUUUGAACAACAACAUGUUGUUAUGACACUUCAGAUCCCAUGAGCUCUUUUAAGGCUUCACAGAAUGUCAAUAUAAGGAUGGAGAGCCAGGCAUCUAAAAUAAUUGCUCUGCUGUUUUGUAUUGAUGCUGAUCUUCUUUUCCCAGAAUAUGACUGAUGAUUAAUAGAUCAAUGCUGACAUAUUAUUAUAAUACUGAAACAUUAUAAUAUACUAUAACACUGACCCAAGAUGUUUUUUUGACACUUUUUCUAUUAUCAUGUGAAGACUUCCUAAUCAUCUAGGGAGGCUAAAAGAUAAUAACUGUUACCUUUGUUAAAUAAUAGAGCAAAACAGAGAAACAAGAAGGAACAAUAUUAUUUGGAAUUCUCAAAGAAUGGGGACUUGAAGAAUUAUGAAUCUUGAAAAAUGAGGACUAAAUAUUUAAGACAAUAUUUGUCAGUGCAAUGCAAAUGUAAACGACAGAAGAUUUAAAGAUAUGUUUGUGUCUAUAUACCGAUUGAACUUUCUAACAUCCAGCUGCCUUCCACUGUUUUCAAACAGCUGUCAUAUCAUUUCUCAAUGGAAAAUCUGACCUUUAAUAGUCCUUUACUACUAUUGGAGGGACUUGUUGUCUCUGAGCAAACCUUGUUUCCUACAUUUCUUUUCUUCCUGAUUUUUUAUCUGCUCAUUAUGGUAGCUAAUAUCGGAUUCAUUCUGCUUAUAACAAUGGAAAGAAGCUUACAUGAGCCUAUGUACAUUCUCUUCUGUAAUCUUCCCUUUAAUGAUGCAUUUGGAAACUCUGUCAUUGUCCCUCGGUUGCUUGGGGACCUUUUAAGGCCAAAAUCUGAACGCUACAUCAGUUAUACUGAGUGUGUUGCUCAAGCCUUCUGCUUCCACAUGUAUCUUGCUGCCUCUCACACUGUACUCAUGGUUAUGGCCUUUGACAGAUAUAUCGCCAUAUGUAAUCCACUGCACUAUACAACUGUUAUGACUACUAAAAUGGUGGCUAAACUGACUGCAUCAGCCUGGGGUGUAGCACUAGUCUGUGUGAGCAUAUUGUUAGCUCUGACAAUAAGGCUGAAUCGCUGUGGAAUAUUAAUAGAAAAUCCGUUCUGUGAUAAUGCAUCACUGUUCAAACUGUCAUGUGAGAAUCCUUAUAUUAAUAAUGUAAAUGGCUUGACAUACACAGCUGCUUUAUUUGGCUUUUCUAUGGGAUGCAUUGUACUUACUUAUGCCAAAAUAACAGCUGUCUGCAUUAAUCGUAAAAACAAAACUCUGAACAGCAAGGCUUUGAAAACCUGCAGCACACACUUGACUGUCUAUUUAAUCAUGUGGAUAUCUGGGUUUAGCAUGAUCAUACUCCACCGUUUCCCUGGUUAUGCAGACAUCCGGAAAGGGGCUGCGCUACUUUUCCAUGUUGGCCCAGGUAUUCUGAACCCUGUCAUAUAUGCCCUGCAAACUACUGAGAUUAGGCAUGCUGUGCUGAAGAUUCUACACUCAAAGAUGGUGAUCCCAUAA